AAAAAACGCAGAGCAGAUUGUUGGAAUGCAAAGUGGAAUCAAACGCUCAAAGGGCAAAAGUACAGCAGAAGAACGAGUACGUGAAGAAGGAAAAUUAUCACAACGUACUCCCCAUGUCCUCCGCACUCCUACCAAUGGAAGUAAUCAGGGCCAUCAAAAUCUUCCAUCCAGGCUGAGGCUACUGACUGACAGCUGUGCCGAGGACGCGCUCAAGGCAUCCGUAGGCAUAGUCACAAAACCUCUUCACGGUUCAGAAACAUUCAUUUGUGCUCUCAUGCUGUACCUUCUUCCCAAACCUUUCAAUGCCCCUUCAUCCUUGGAUGGCACACAGCUAACUUGCCAAAAGGCCGAGUGGGAAGUGACAAGCACGAAAGUCCCAAAACAAUCAUGCGAGUUGUAAACUCAUCUCCUCGAGACAACACAGAUUUUGACGGGGCAACCCUCAACAACCUGGUCAACCAACAAACUCCCAGCAUGGGCAAAAUAUCUAGUGUUCGAGAAAACACUUCUCACCAGCGACGCGACCAUCACCAACCGAUGGAUCCUAAACAAUCUAGACGAUGACAACACCUAGAAGUCAUACAAAUGGUGCCGCGGGCUCAACAUCGAUAGCAUCCGUACAUCGAAGGAGAUCCACGAGCUCUGGAUGAAGCUGUUAUUCGAGAGUAAUGCUUCCCAAUUCAAUCGCCUCGUUGAACGACGACUGUAGAACCAAUCGAUUGGCGCCCCUCCGCCGAACAAGCCUGUUUAUCUCGUUAAGAUCGCAUCUCUGAUAGAACGAGCUGUUUUGCACGAUCCGCAUGUUGACAGUGAUGCACUCGCUUCUUAGAGAUACGUGCAACAGCUACCAGAGGGGCCGGAUACUGAGCAGUUAUCUUUCAUCAGAGCGGUUCUUCGUCGUCUGAAAAGGUUGAAGUGUUGAUCGUUGAGACCUACCAUUGCUACCGAUGAGUAGAUUGAUGGUGUGGUUGAAUCUAUCGACACUUGUUCUCCAUUGAGAAGAUAGAUAUGGUCGAAAGCCCAGAUCAUGGCAAAAGCUUGACCAGCAACCAAGUGGUACUCAGGACCGCGGCGUGGAGCCAACGCAGGCUGCUUCAACCAGCCUGCUAGCUGCUGCGAUGCAGACUUCGGCGAAGCAACCUGACGAUGGGGGCCAUACGGCAAGAAGUAAACGGACACGGAGCCUACCGUCGUCUAAUGUUCCAUUGUCAAUCUGCUCAUCGUCCAGGGCUCGAUAUCGGCAACAGAGGAUUCACAUUCGAUGAUACCAGCGGGAGCACUUGGCGCAACCGCUCUCAAUACUUGCCUUUCGUCGUAUGGCAACCAACCAAGUGCAGUACAGGACACUGGUCCGUUCACCAAGCACGUUCUUCAACCAGGUAGUAGUCUUGCCAGACUACAGAGGUGGAAAUUGACGAGGUGGAAGAUGCAGAGAAAGAUUCCGAGGGACGAGGUGCUCGACCAGGAACAGGGCCUGGGAUCUGGUGAUAGCGAUGACGACGGACCAGAAGAUAGCGAGAAUUAUUUCUACUCGGUAGAGUUGCCCUCAGAUUUCUUAGGCGGUCUCCGUUUAGUUGUGCCUGGUCGUGGCAAAUGGCACAUUGGUCGCCGACUCGUACGAUUAGCGGCCAAGAUGCUUUGCCGAUUCAAGAGCAGCGUCUUCUUGCAGCAAGUUGCAGGAGUACUUAGCAAUACAAUACUGCAUUCUGAGAUUGCCGAUCCAAAUAAUCAACCUGUCAAGGGUGUUGAACCCGUCUGCUCGUCUGUCGCGUACCAGGAAUGUGGAUAUGUCUCAACUACUGUAAUCCCCUAGCGAUGUAUCCUUUCUCACUCUCCACGAAACCAUCUUCCUUUGUGUGCUUUCUGGAGUUCUGGGACCUCAUUGUCUCUUUGUGUGGAUAUUGCAUUUGAGUUGUAAAUGUGAUGGCGAGACUGAGUUGCCGUAUUCCCGCGACCGCACGAGGAGGAGUUCCAGCGUGUUUGCCAGAACAAAGAAUACGCCCUACUUUCGAACCAGGAGCAGUACCAGGCCAUGUGUAUAGUUACCUGGCCAUCAGUUGCCGCAACAUCGACAUGGAAUCGAUGUGAUCGAUUAGUCUGCAAACCGUCUGCUUUUCAUGAUAUCGCUUGGACAUUUCGACAAUGCUGACACGGUCUGUCCUGCGCUCAGCAAAGG